AGCAAAACAAAGAUGGACGAUCGUUCAACUGCUGCCGUUAGAUAAUACGCAACAUGACGUCCGUAUAAAUGAGCCUCAUGAAGCUAUACUUUAGCUUGUAAUUUACAAUUCCAGUAGUAGUACCUCUCUCUGCCCUUGAUGGAAAAGCUGCAUGUCGCCAUUUUCCCCCUCAGCGCGGGUAUGGGGCAUUUCCUGCCAUUAGUUGAGUUUGCAAAGAGGCUCUGUCACUUUCAUGGCUUCUCCAUUACCCUCAUCAUCAGCAAGUGGAUGUGGAAAUCUCAGCAACCUGCACUGCUUGAACGCUUGGCCUCCUCUGCUCUGGACAUACGCAUUACAGAGAUUCCUCACAUCACUGAGGAUGAAAAUGAGCAAAACGUGAAAAUUGCAACACGUAUUUCGAUGUUCAUGCUUAAAGCAAAGCCACACAUUGAAGGUGUCCUGCAAUCGUUGUGUUCAUCUUCGCCCGUCUCUGCUUUUAUUACAGACCUCUUCUGUACAGAACUGCUUGACGUUACCGCCGAGCUGAAGAUGCCAAGUUAUAUAUUCGUACCGUCCUCUGCUGCUUAUGUUUGCUUCAUGUUACAUCUUCCGAAGCUCGUUUCGGAGAUUAAGGUUUCAUUUAAGGACGCUGAUUUUGAGGUGGAGAUACCGGGGCUUCCGCCGAUUCCUGCCAGAGAUCUGAGCAAUUCCGUUCAGGACAGGUCGGAUUUUGCAUUUAAAUGGAUUCUUCAACACGCCUCCCGCUGCAGGGAAGCAUCAGGGAUUCUCAUAAACACCUUUGCUGAACUGGAGGAGGAAGCCAUGGAAACCCUAAGCACGCCUGCAACGCCCCCCAUCUAUUCAAUAGGCCCCCUGAUGUUCACAGAUUCUGAUACUCCUGACGAGUCUAGGUGCCUGAAAUGGUUAGACGAGCAGCCUCCCUUGUCCGUCUUGUUUGUGGCAUUUGGAAGCAGAGCUGUUUUGUCGAGGGAGCAAAUUAGAGAUCUGGCGAUUGGAUUGGAAGCCAGCGGCCACCGGUUCCUCUGGGUUCUGCGCGGGUACAAAUCUGGGGAUUCUUCUUCUUUGGAAACUGAUAUUUCUCAGCUCUUACCGGAGGGUUUUGAGAUUCGAAACAAGGACCGCGGGCUGGUACUUCUUAAUUGGGCUCCUCAGAUCCCUGUUCUUUCUCACCCAUCUACUGGAGGCUUCCUUUCACAUUGCGGGUGGAAUUCUACACUGGAGAGCGUCUCGCAUGGAGUUCCUAUGAUCACUUGGCCUCUUUUUGCCGAACAGAAGAUGAACAGGGUCUUAUUGGUGAAGCAGAUUCAGGUAGCCGUAGAUUUGAGGAUAGAAAGCAAUGGAUUUGUCAGGAGAGAAGAAGUGCAGAGAGCUGUGAGGGAAUUGAUGGAAGGAGAGGAGGGAAGAAUGGCGAGGGAGAAAAUGAAAGAACUGAAGGAUAAGGCCAAGAUUGCACUCAUGGAAGGGGGAAGUACAAUGAAGGCCACAGCCAAUGCCGCCACAGAUUUAUCACAGAAACCAAGCUUGACUCCCUAAUUGUUUGCUCAUGUAGGUCAAAUUUGUUGUUUGGCAGUGGCUACUAUGUCGUCUUCUUCUUUUCCUUUUCUUUCGGUGUCGUGAUUACUGUGAAACUUGUUGCUUUGACACCAGCUAUACUUUUGGUCGUCUUCCCUGCUCUGUUAAGCUUAGAGGCUAGAAUGGGGUAUUUUAUAUGGUUCAACGUUUGUCUUGUAGUACUAUCAAGAAUGUAAUUUUGUUAAUGCAUAUGUAUUUAUCAGUAAACCUAUAAACGUUCUGUUUCUCUCA